UAUUCACAUAGCUGGUACACAUAUUGUUUCCCAUCAUCUCCGUCGAACGUAAUCGCGAACCCAUUGGAUUUUGUGCGGUCGCGUAUCACCACGAUCCAUCACAUUAGCUAUGGCGUCCUUUCAUAUUGUUGAACACAAGAUUCCCACGCAACACAUUCGGGAGUAUGCCCGUGCGACUAGUGGGCCUCAGGAGACUGUCCUACACCUAGCCGUCAAGCAGUACAUUCCCAAAGACAAUCCGAAUCCGCAGCCAGGUGAUGUCACAAUCAUCGGCGCUCAUGCCAACGGCUUUCCCAAAGAACUCUAUGAGCCUCUGUGGGAUGAAAUCCAUGCCAGAUCCAAGAAGUCUGGCUUUCGGAUAAGAGGCAUCUGGAUCGCGGAUGUCGCGCAGCAGGGACAGAGCAGCGUCUUGAAUGAGGAGCUCCUAGGCAAUGACCCUUCAUGGAGCGACCACCCCCGAGACCUGCUACAUUUGAUCAACGUAAAACGAGCUGAUAUGCCACGGCCGCUGAUAGGCAUCGGCCACUCAAUGGGAGGAAAUCAUUUAGUUCAAUUGUCGUUAAUGCACCCCCGGCUACUCACCACUUUGAUUAUGAUUGACCCUGUCAUACAAACAUACUCCAGCACAGCCCCACAUCUCGGCCCUGGUCCAGCUCGACUCUCCACGUUUCGUCGUGACAUCUGGCCAUCCAGAGAGGAAGCUGCCAAGUCCUUUAAAGCAAGCAAAUUCUAUCAAGCAUGGGACCCAAGAGUUCUAGACUGUUGGAUAAAGUAUGGUCUCCGAGAUGUACCAACGGCUGUUCAUUCCGAAGAGAAGCCACCCAAAGUUACUCUAACGACACCAUUGCACCAAGAAGUCUUCACUUUUCUGAGGCCCAAUUAUGAGGGCUAUGGUACUGAAGGGAAACCUGUCAACCGCAAAACACAUCCUGACCUGAAUCCAAUUCUUCCCUCGAUCGCACCGUUCUACCGCGCGGAGCCACCGGCAGUAUUCUUCCGUCUACAAGAACUUCGACCUAGUGUCCUGUACAUCUUUGGAGGCAAGUCGGAUGUUGGAACUCCCGAAAAUUGCAAAGCCAAACUUGACAACACUGGUGUUGGCAUUGGUGGCAGUGGCGGCGCCGCUGCUGGUAGAGUCAGGAGUGUGCUCUUUGAAGACAUUGGCCAUUUGAUUGCCAUGGAGGCUGUGGACAGGACAGCGGAUCAUACUUCAUCAUGGAUCAGAGAUGAAAUGAAGAUCUGGAAAGAACUCGAGGAUGAGCACCACCGAACCUGGGAUGCCAAAACUCUUCUUGAGAAGCAAACUAUAGAUGAAGAGUGGAAAAAGAUGAUCGGUGGCCCAUUGGGAAGAAAGCCCAAACAACCAAAGCUAUGAUUCGACAUAGAUUCGACAUAAACAAUGGGUUGGCUACGACUUUGGCACUUCUGUUCGACAUCCGAAGACAUAAUAUAUGACAUAUUGGUUGUCUUGGAGAGACACUCGGGAGGUCACAAAACAUGAGCGACUAUCGACAAGGAAAGGUCUACCUCAUUAC